AUGUCGUUAACCGCACAACAGGCCUUCAAAAAGUUGCCUCAGAAGUUGCAAAACUUCUUCACAAGGUAUCCACCUGCUCCAUUCAAAAAGUAUGCUUCCACCCCCACUUCCACGACUGCUGAUGAUGCCAAUCCAUUUCUUCCAAAUAUUCACCCAGUGACCAACAAAACUCAUAACCCCAUUUAUUCUAUGCGCAGACAGUCAGAUUUAUACAAACUGGCCUACAAGUUUGGCGUGUCUGAUCUGCUACCCACGCUCAACAAUGGGAAAAUGUUUUUCCAGGAGAAAUAUGAUAACAAGAAGCCUUUGCGUGGAGUGGUCAAUCCAAAAGGUCACAUUUGGGAAAGAACCCUUGAAGCUAGAAAGGCAGCCAUUCAGGAAGCUGUCAGCAAAGCUGAUGAUAUACUUGUAGAACACCGUGGUAUGAAAUACAAACGUAGAUUAGAGAGACGUAAAGCUGAACAAAAAACGUGGGUUUAG